AUGGACAAAGAGCUCCGGAGACCAUUCACUUCACGUUCCCUUCCGGGUGAACGUCUUACUCCAAGUAGUCUACCUACCUCUCUAUCUAUCCCUACAACUUUUCAUUCCCCCAUAAUUCCUCCGACCGUGCAACAAACUAUCGGUCCCGAAGAUCAUUUUUCUAAACAAAGAAGAACUCGUAGAAGUCUAUCAACUUCUUCUUCUAGUCAAAGUUUACUCAAAAGAAGUUUAUCAUUUAAACCUCGAUCUCAAUCAAAUAUGUCCCCGGCUACCGAGAGUGACGCAAGCAAUAGGUCUUCAUUUGAUGACUUUGAUUAUUCGACUCCUGGUACCCCUUAUGCUAGUCCAAAUUCUGGUUUGAAUUCGGGUUUGAAUUCUGGUUCAAAUUCAAGCUGCUGUUCUUUGAACAAUUUAUAUUUUGCUUUAUCGCCAGGUGCUUCAAAUCAUCAUGCUUUCCCUUUUUAUCAAAGAGAAAGGCAUCAUUCUUUAUUUGUAUUAUCCGGAAAAUCUAACAAUCAAAAACUUUAUCAAUCAUUAAAUUCUCCAUCUUCUUCUCAAUCUCCGCAAUUAUCUCAAUCUAGUGUAAAUUCUCAAUUUAAGAGACUAUUAAAUUUAAAUUUAAAAUCUUAUCCUUCAAGUAGUACUCUUUAUUCAGAUUCUGAAACUGACUCUUUAGAAACUGACUCUGAUGCUUAUGCUACAAAUGAUGAACAAUCUAGCUUUACUUUUUCUUCUUCUGUAAGGCGUAAACCUUCUUUUCAAAAAUCUCCUGCUAAUCGUUUUUUUCCUGAUUUAUCUAUCGACGCUGAAGAAAAUCAUCUUAGUAAUUUACAUAUCAUUGAUGAAGGUGCCCCUGAAUUUACUUAUCCAAAAGUUAAACGAAAACUUGUUAAAGAUCUUCAGGAGACAAAACGCAGAGCUGAUAAAAGUAUUGAGAAUAUUUUAGAUAAUUGGUAUAGUGAUACUGAUGAUGAAACUUUUCCUUCUUCAUCUAAGCCUCCUUCAAAUAAUAAUUCAAAAAAGGAUCGUGAACUUUUUAAAAAUAAAAUGAUUAAUAAAAUGGAAUCUAUAUCUUUACAUGGUGAUACUAAACCAAGGAAUAUUCCUCCAAUGAAAAAAAAUUCUGAAAGGAGAAUGAUACGUUCUUAUAGUUGGCCUCCUACAAUUUUAACUUCAUCUCAUACUCAUCUAUUAACAAGAAUUGAUUGUAUUGCUCGGCGAAUUCUCAAAACUACUAUUCACGAUUUAUUGCAUUUUAAUGUUGCUGUCGAACUCAUGAAAGAACUUCAAGAACUAAUAGAGUUUCAAAGAAAAAUGGCUGUAGGUAAUGCUGAUGCUGAAGAAUUAUUGACAAAAUUAAUUUAUGUUUUUGCUGAUGUGGCAAGAGCUGUUGAGGCUGUGAAAAAUUCUUUUGCUGAAACAAAUCCCGAACUCUCUGGUGAUGGUGUAAUAAAAGAUGAUAUGCUCACAGCCGGUCAAGAAUGGUUAUUACCUUCACCUUUAUCAUCUCCAUCACCCCUUCCUUUAACUCCUUCAUCAUAUUCUCCUCCACGAACAUUAUUUCAAAUACAAGAACGACGUAAAUCUUAUGCCGAACUUGAUGGAAAAUCUCAUACGCUUUUACCUCCUCCAUUAUUUUCAUCUCCAUUGGCUCGUCACGUUACGACUACUCCAAUAAUACGUGACUCAAUAAUUUCUCUCGAACAACGUCGUGAAGUUGCUAUGGAAGCUGUAUUUGAGAGUCCAAUAAUGUAUGUCCCACCUCCUGCAAAUAUGGAUGAACAUCGUACUUGGAAUACCUUUACAAGAGAACAAGUUGAUCAAAUGAUUCAUGAAGAAAUGAAUAGGGAAAUUGAUUAUGGUAUAAUAUUAAAAAAACAACAAGAUUCAAAAAUGGUGAUUGGUUUUUUUAAGUCGUUAAAGAAUGCUUUUCAGAGUCCCUCAUCAUCUAUUGCUGGGUCGCCUGCAGGAUCUCCGACUAGAUCGACCAUUCAACCGAGUCCUAUUCGUAACGUGAAUUUGCCACCUUCACCAUACGAACAAUCUCGAACUCUUUCUAUCGACUCACGAUCAACUGCAAUAUCUCAUCGUAAUUCUUCGGUACAAAUUAAAGGUGAUAAUAAUCUUAUCGGUAGUCAUAGUCUCGCAACUCCAUAUUUUCAGACUCCAAAUGAUUAUAUGUUAUGCCGUAUUUGUGAAGAAAUGAUUCCUAGUUAUGAAAUGGCUGCACAUUCUGAAACUUGUGCCGUUACAACAGAAUAUGCAAUUAAAUUAAAAGAAUGUGAUGGUAGACUUAGUAGAUUAGUUGGUGAUGUAUCGAAAAGAAAGAUUGAUCUUAUUGAAAAUAACGUAUCUUAUCAAGAUUAUUAUAACAUAAAAGAUGCCGAGAUGAUGGAACAAAUCGGAUUAAAAGCUGCUGGCAUUAAGGAAACGUUAAAUCGUCGAGAAGCACUUAGAAAAAGUGAAAAAUAUGCGACUAAAUUAGGACGUUUG